AUUUCAGUAUCAUCGGCGGGGUAAAGUGGAUCGAUGGCUAGAAGAACUAUGGCUAUGGAUGCUUAAGUUCAAGGAUGCAGUGUUUGCAGUUGCAGUGGAGCCUGGUUCUGUUGGUACAAAGUUGCUGUCAUUGAAAUUUUUGGAAACAUAUAUAUUGCUUUUUACAGCUGACACCAGUGAUUCUGAAAAACUUGUUACUGAAGGAAGUAGGCGCUUAUUUAAUGUUUCUUGGCUGGCUGGUGGCCAUCCUGUUUUGGAUCCAGUCGCACUUAUGUCAGAUGCAGACCGGACUCUUGGCAUUCUAUUAGACUUAUUACAGAUUCCCAGCAGUUGUCCUGGUCCAUUGACUAUUGCUGUUGUCAAUUGUCUUGCAGCUAUAGCAAGGAAGAGGCCAGUCCACUAUGGCACUGUUCUUUCUGCAUUGCUUGAUUUUAACCCAAAAUUUGAGAUGUCGAAUGGGUGUCAUACUGCCAGCAUCCAGUAUUCCUUGAGAACUGCCUUUUUGGGAUUCCUGCGGUGUACACAUCCGGUCAUAUUUGAGUCAAGAGAUAGAUUGCUUCGGGCUUUACGAAGUAUGAAUGCUGGGGAUGCUGCUGACCAAGUUAUCCGUCAAGUAGAUAAAAUGAUUAAAAAUAGUGAGCGUGCAUCACGUGAAUCCAGGUUCAGCAGGGAUGAUCAAGUAUCAAACCAGCUGCCAGUUUUGGGAGAUCAGCUAAGAAAAAGGUCCAUGCCUCUGGAUAAUGAAGAGCUAGCUAAUGGUCAUGAGGUGUCAUCCAAGAGAAUUCGUUAUGUUUCUAACAUCUCGUCAACAAUACCCGUGCCAAAUGAUUCUGAGGAUGAUUCUGUAGCAACCAAUGGAGUAUCCUCUAGUGCUGCUUUAUUAGAUAGUGAUUUGACUCCUGCAGAACAAAUGAUAGCUAUGAUUGGUGCAUUGCUUGCUGAAGGAGAGAGAGGAGCUGAAUCACUUGAAAUUCUCAUUUCAAAUAUUCAUCCUGAUCUGCUUGCUGAUAUUGUCAUCACUAAUAUGAAGCAUUUGCCUAAGAACCCCCCACCUUUGACGAGGUCUGGAAACUCGCCAGUAAUUCGUCAAAUUGGUUCUCUAAGCAGUCCAGCUCAAGUUGUGGCACCAUCUGCUCCUACAAAUUCUUUUUCUUCAGUUUCCAGUGCACACUUAACAUUUUCUGCAGUAGUCACAAACAAUUUGUCACUUUCUGAUACAUCCACUAUCAAUAAUUUUCCUGUCGAUUCUAAACGUGAUCCAAGAAGGGAUCCACGUCGCCUGGAUCCACGACGUACAGCAACAGCUGCUGGAAUAGCAUCCAUGCCUGUUGCAGAUGAUACUGUUGCCACAGAACCUGAAUUUGAUGGUUCUGUUUCUUUGAGUAAUGCUCUUUCACUGGCUGCAACAUCUGUUGAGAACCCUCCUGCGGUUCUGAUAUCAAAAAGUGAAAAUGAUGACAAACCUCUAGAAAGUAAACUGGUGCCUGACAAUCAAUUAAGUUUGAAAGAGGAGAUUUCCAGCAAACCUGAGGAAAUUUUCCCCACUUCAGAAGUCAAGGCUUCUUCAGAUCAUACUAUUUCUCCUCCCCACAAUGUUGAGGAGGACUUUGUUGCCUCGAAGUUAUCAGAUAUUGAAGUGGCACAUGGGGCUGAUUCUGCAUCUUUGAUGGAAUUAGAUCCACAUUCUCCAACUGUUUCAAAUGCAUCUAUGCCUGAAGAAACCUGUCAGGAGUUACCUCAGCUUCCACUUUACAUUGAACUAACUGAAGAACAACAAAGAAAUUUGAGAAAAUUGGCUGUUGAACGAAUUGUUGAAUCUCACAAGCAUCUGCCUGGAUCUGAUUGUAGCAUGACACGCAUGGCUUUACUUGCUCGAUUGGUUGCUCAGAUUGAUGUAGAUGAUGAUGUUGUUGUGAUGCUGCAAAACCAUAUUACUGUGGAUUACCGACAGCAGAAGGGGCAUGAGCUUGUAUUGCACAUCUUGUACCAUCUGCAUUCUCUCAUGAUUGUAGAUUCAGUUGGAAAUUCCUCAUAUGCUUCUGUUGUGUAUGAGAAAUUCCUCUUGGGAGUGGCCAAAUCUCUAUUAGAUGCUUUUCCUGCUUCAGACAAGUCCUUUAGUAGACUUCUUGGAGAAGUUCCACUUUUGCCAGAGUCAGCUUUGAAAUUGUUAGAUAAUCUCUGUUAUAGUGAUGUUUUGGAUUCCCAUGGAAAAGAGGUCCGUGAUGGUGAGCGUGUUACUCAAGGCCUUGGAGCUGUGUGGGGUUUGAUUUUGGGCCGUCCAAAUAAUCGGCAAGCAUGCUUAGAUAUAGCUUUGAAGUGUGCUAUUCAUUCACAAGACGACAUUCGAGCAAAAGCUAUCCGGCUGGUAGCAAACAAACUUUAUCAACUGAACUAUAUAGCAGAAAAUAUUGAGCAAUUUGCAACAAAAAUGUUGCUGUCAGCUGUGGAUCAACAUACUUCAAAUACAGAGCUUUCACAGUCAGGUUCCACUGACCAAAGAGAAGGGGAGGUUGGAAGCCAGGAGACAUCAGUCAGUGGUUCUCAAGUCUCAGAUACUGUAAACUGUGAAAAUAACUCCAUGAGGAGUGCACAACCAGCUGUCCAAAAUAUGUCCAUGAUAUCAUUAUCUGAAGCUCAUCGACUAAUUUCUUUAUUUUUUGCUUUGUGUACACAGAGACCUAUUCUUCUUCAACUUGUUUUUGACAUAUAUGGGCGAGCACCAAAAACAGUAAAGCAGGCUGUUCAUCGCCAUAUCCCUAUUCUUAUCAGGGCCCUGGGAUCUUCUUAUUCUGAACUGCUUCGGAUAAUAUCUGAUCCACCGGAAGGAUGUGAAAAUCUUCUGAUGCUUGUGCUGCAAAAAUUGACCCAAGAGACAACGCCAUCUGCUGAUCUGAUUUCUACUGUGAAACAUUUAUACGAAACUAAGCUAAAGGAUGCUACUAUACUUAUUCCAAUUUUAUCUUCACUCUCCAAGAAUGAGGUUUUACCCAUAUUCCCUCGGUUAGUUGGCCUUCCAAUAGAGAAAUUCCAAAUGGCACUUGCUCACAUUUUACAGGGUUCAGCUCAUACAGGUCCAGCUUUAACACCUGCAGAAGUUUUGGUUGCCAUCCAUGACAUCAGUCCUGAGAAAGAUGGCCUUGCACUAAAAAAGAUAACAGAUGCCUGCUCAGCUUGUUUUGAACAACGUACAGUUUUCACACAGCAGGUUUUGGCAAAGGCCCUAAAUCAGAUGGUUGAUCAAACUCCUUUGCCUCUACUCUUCAUGCGAACAGUAAUUCAGGCAAUCGAUGCAUUUCCUACCCUGGUUGAUUUUGUUAUGGAGAUACUCUCCAAACUUGUGAGUAGACAGAUCUGGAAAAUGCCAAAGUUGUGGGUUGGAUUCUUGAAAUGUGUCUCUCAAACCAGGCCACAUUCUUUCCGUGUAUUAUUGCAGUUACCACCUCCAGUACUUGAAAGUGCCCUGAACAAGCACUCUAGUCUCAGAAGCCCCUUAGCUGCUUAUGCCAGCCAACCAAGUAUCAAAACUUCACUACCUAGAUCAACAUUAGUGGUACUUGGACUUGUCAAUGAAUCGCAAAUGCAGCAACCUCAUGUGGCUUCUUUACACCCUUCUGACACAAGUUCAUCUGUUCGUGGAGCAAAUCUUACCUGAGAAUAAAGUAGAGAAGAAUCAGAAAUUGACUAAUUGUUCAGCAGGGCACUGUAAAGACCAUUCUAGAUGUUGGUCUUCAUCCAUUGGAUUGCCCCUAUCAAAGGGGAAUACCAAUUGACUUCUUCAACGGAUACUUGACCGCUGACAAAUGAUACCUGAUGUUUGGAAGUCAGCCCUGCAAUUGUUCCCUUUUUGGUGAAGAAAUUGCCUUAGAAGAAUGCUAACCUUCCCCUUACCCUGCUCCUGCAAAUGUACCAUAGUUCUAGUCUCAUUUUUUCUAUCAGUUCUUAGUGUAAUCUAUUCUUUAAAAUUUUGAUCUUCAAUUCCAGCCCUUCUAUGGUGCAAUGUUGGUUGGCAUGUAGAACACGUAGGUGGAGGCAUCGACUGUUCUUGUGCUCGGGUUGAAGGGAUUAACAAGUGUGGUUCGUAGCUUUAGGUCAGAGCACCAUGUAAAUUGAAGGAUGUCAAUAUGAAAGCACUGCUGGGUGUAUAAUCGGAGGGAUUUGGAUUUGGCCAUAUUUAAAAUAGUAAUACCAUUUCCUUUUCCUUGUAAAACUGUCUAGUUUCUGUGGCGGCUCAGAUACUAAGGAUGUUUGGUCUUAUUGUCAAGCCUUUGCAAAGGAGUUUUUAACUGGAAUGAAAAAUGAAUUUUACACUGGA